AUGAGUCCUAUAACUGGCUCCAAAGCCACAAUUAUUACAACUGACCCAAGAACUCCAGAUACAGCAUCCGUUCUCAUUCAAUCACCACAUCGUGCUUAUGUACAAAAAAAUAUUCGUCACCGUGUCUGUGUUGCCGUUAAUGUUCUUAUCGCAAUGAAUAUCAUAUCAAAAGAUCAAAAAGAUAUUAGAUGUAUUGAAUUUUCUGUCAAUGCAUUAUUUGAAUGCGAGGUAUUAGAUCUUAUUGAUGAUCUGGAUUGCUUAGAUCGACUGGGUUUAUCUAAUGAAUUACGUGCACAAACAAACAAUCUUCUAGAAUUAGAAAAAGCUGGUUUACUGCUUCCCGAAACGUUUCAUGAUUUUGUGACGGAAAUGUGUCUUGUUGGAACACUUCGAACUUUAUAUGAGCGAGUGAGCAUUGUUUCCAAUACUCAACAACCACAAUAUCAAUCCCAACAAUACCGCAUAAAGUCGAAACAAUUCGCAACAAAUUAUGAUGAACAAGAGCCAGAAUAUAUUGUUGAUAAUGAAAAGAAUGACGAUGUAUUAUCAUGGUCGUCAAAUGAAGAAAUAGAAAAUAAACCACAACAACAACAACAAUCUGAAUGUUUACUUUCAGAGGCUAAUAUUUUUGAAUCUGAUAGAUGCACUCUUAUCACAACCGAAAUACAAUGGCCAACUCUAUAUCUGUAA